AUGGGAGGCAUACGGCGGCGAGGGCACAGGUCGCAGAAGGAAGAGGUUAAAUCUGCAGACGCCGGAGAAGCGCAGCUGGAAGGGAAGGCCCCGCCGGCGGCUGGGGCCCGCGGGAGCGCUCCCCAGGCGAAGCGCUCGGCGCGCAGCGUGCAAGGCAUCAAGCCGGACGCCGACGAGGUGCUCCAGUGCAUAGAGAGUUUGUAUGUGGACAAGCUGAAGCCUUUCGGUCGAAUCCUGCGCAAGCGCGUUGCAGAACGCCAUGUUCAGAUCCACUUCAAAGAGCAGCACCCGUUCAUGCCAGGAGCUGCAACGGAACUCCCGGACGUGGAUAUCAAGCACCUGAAAGGCCUCUGCGAGGACUCCGAGCACUUGGAGAUCGCGCCGGAGGAGGGAGGCGACUGGUCUGCCACCUUUCGAGGACGCGCCCAGGUCUUCGUAGACAUCUACAGUCCCGCAGACGACUACUCUCCCGAGACCUGGCAGGCUGCCAGAGCGUACUUCGCCUCCUUGCCGGAAAGCGAGGCUCUGCUCCCCGGAGGUCGCUACUCCUGUGCACAGGCACUUGUUCAGAGGGAGCUGCCGUUCCUCAGCGGCUUCACGCUGGGCGAGGUCUGCCACCUGGUGCAGCUAGCCAUCUCAAAGCACAAGAUCCUAGGCUACUGCAACGGCGCAGUGGUGCCUUACAGCCGAUCUCAGUCGCGGGUGAAAGAGGAAUGCGCCGAGUCACAGCAGCCGUGCAUCGGGGCCCCCAACAAGGAGGAUCCGAGCUCGCUGAGCUCCCUGGCGCUCGCGAGUCUGGAGAAGGCCCGGGAGCACUUGCGGGAGAUCCUCCGGGACGCCUCCACCUCCGCUCCCUCCAACUUGGGGCCUUCGAUGGUCCCCUUAAGCAACGUGAAGCGCUUGUUCCGGUCCAGGUACCAGAUCGAGCUGAGCGAGACGGCCCUGGGGCACUCGAAGCUUUCAGAGCUGUUGCAAGAUCAGCGCUUCUCUGACAUCUGCGAGGUGCAGCUUCAGGGACAAGGCUACAUCGUGGUGCAAGUCCAGGGAAAGCCCGAAGCAGACUCUGCGGAGGCUUUGGCCGUCCCCAGCCGUUACACCGGAGGACCCAUCGGCCCUGUUCGCGACGACCCCGAGAGCCAAAGAACUCUGGGGAGCCUCGCGAACUUGGCGGUGGACUGCGCUCUGACUCCAGUCAUUGAUAGCAGCAAGUACGACAGCCUAGACUUGUGCAGAGAGCCGUGCCGGCCGUUCUGCGUGGGCGAGCCACUCGCACUGGAGGAGGCUGGCUUUGGCGAUCGCUUCCCUCCCGGCCUGGACAGAGAGGUGAAAAACACCUUCAUCCACUCAGCAGUGACUCCGCUGGUCACGCCGGAGCCGGGAUCGUUCCGGCGCUCGCAGUCUGUGCCGAAGGACGUUGGGUUUGCCUGCGCAGACAUGGACAAGAUCCUGACGGGCCACGACACGGCUUGCAGCGUCGCGCCCUCACCGGCGUUUCUGCCGCCGCCCACGCCGAGCUCGCCACUCUACACGCGCGGCUACGAGGCCUUGCUGCUGUCCCAGAUGGAGCAAUCUCACCCGUUGAAUACAGUCAUUCGUCUGGCAGAGCUGAUUUGA